GGCCCUGUAUACAUAUUAGGACUCAAAUCCUACGUACUGAUUCCUUACCCGCCUACAUGUAUUUUCCAGGUUCCCCCUAAGCCCUACCAGCAUGUAGCCAACCAUCACCAUUCGACAUGGCGCCGGAUUCAAAGUAUCACGCCCUUCAGCAAGACCCUAACGAGCAAUGGAGAAACGACGAGUCUAUUCAGAACCUUUAUCCUCGACAGCGCUGGCAUAGCCCUGGUUUCCUACCCUGGCUGAUCAAUUUGGGAACACUUAUCCUGCUAGGAAUCUCGAUAACAACCAACAUACUCCUCACUCGACAAAUACGGAGCUCCUCUUCACCGCAAGAGACGGAUUCUGUCUCGUACUAUGGUCAGUAUCGAGUCCGUGAUUCCUUCAAGACCACUGAUAUUGACUCAAACCUCGCAGCUGGCCUCAAGCGCACACUUCCCAUCCAGAUAUACCCCGAUACCGAGUACACGGCGGACAACCUCACCGCCGUGUCCAAGCUAUGGGAGAGUUUGAGCGGUGAUCCAGGGGUGGUAGCCUUGUCGUCCGACUACGUCAGGGAGAAACGCCUACCCCAUGCCUACCGCUUUCCAUGGGAUGAAGAUAAGGGCGUCUAUCUGCUCCAGGGCUUUCACAAUCUGCAUUGCCUGCGCACACUCUUCCGCUACAUCAUGUACACAGAGCAGGGUAUCCCAAACCACAUUGCCCUCUCUCACGCCCUGCACUGUCUAGAUCAGCUCCGCCAGGAUGUCGUGUGCAAUGCCGACGACACGCCGCGGUAUGCUGGAUUCCAGAAUCCACCCGGCACCGGCGCAGGGCAAGUCCGCAUGUGCAGGGACUGGAGCGCACUAGAGAAAUGGGCGCUGGAGCACACUGCCUGCUUCAAGCAUCAGGAUGAGGUCCCCGGUCCCAUGAUUGAGCGCUUCAAGUCUUGUCCGGACGGGCGGGUGCUGUGGCCGACGGCCUCCGUUGAAACAAACGAUGCACGUUGAGCGGGUGUAGAUUGUGUGGCAUGAUUCCGCUGAUUGCCGGUAGCCAGCGGACAGUGUCUGAUCGGGGGCCGUGAAGAAUGGGAACCCGAUGGUCCAGUGCUGAACCUUCCUGUGACAAGAUGGAGUAUGUACUGUACUGUACAUACAUACAUGUAGGUCGUAGGUAGGAGUAAGGCGCAGCUAACCGGCGAUUUAUACGCACCACUAAUAUCACAAGCUCAGGUCUCAAUGCCGAGAUGCCCAUGAACCAGGGCGGCCGGGCUGGAAAUUGACCAGUAGGAGGCUCCCUUCCUGAACGGUUUCAAUUUGAUAGUAGCAUAGAU